AUGGCGAAGAUACGGAGAGAUAAGCUCUGGCGUUGGCGCUGCCAGUGGAGUAUCGUGACCAUCACAGCCAUUGUGUUAGUUUUAUACAACGCGGCUGCAAAUAUUUGGUUAUUGCAUCCGCAGUCGUGUCCAGUGCAUACCACUUCACCACCAACCGAACCACCGACUUGUGAACCAUGUGUGGACACAGCAGCGAAUACUGCAGUUGACGAUGAUCCCAUAGCUAGACUAGAUCUUCGUCUUGGCCGGUGGGAUGCAUCACGUUCUUACAGGAUGUUUGACUACGCUACCGUUGGAGAUAUGUAUGCGGAAGUAUCAGCGAAUAGACAUGUUUGCUUGGCUACACAAAGCUCAAUAGAGAGACUACACGAAUUACUAAGAAUAGCAGCGCAUUGGACCGGUCCGAUAUCCGUAGCGGUAUUUGUUGCUGGAGACGAACUAAGACUCUUAAGAGCCUUCGCGACGUGGCUGUUUCGAUGUCAGCCCGAAACAUACUCUAGAUUGGCGCUACAUGCAGCCACAUCGGUAGAAAGACCUGGGACACACGGAACAGUGCCAAACUGGGCAAGGGAUUGUGACGCGAAACCAUUACCGCCGGGGGAAAGACGAGCGGAUACGGUGGCUUGGAGAGCUCGACAUCCUUAUCCUCAGAAUCAUUUAAGAAAUCUGGCUAGAAGGAACUGUCACACACCAUAUGUGUUUCUAGUAGACAUAGAUAUUGUACCUUCGAAAGGCAUGGCGGAGUCUCUGGAUAAGUUUCUUGCCAAGGCCCCAAAAUGUCCUUUUUGUGCAUAUGUAGUGCCAACAUACGAGCUCGACAGAAGAGUGGCAAUAUUUCCAUCAAAUAAAUCUGAGCUGUUAAGACUAUCUAGGAAUAAGUUGGCGAUACCAUUUCAUAGAAAAGUGUUCAUAUAUAACCAAUACGCUUCAAAUUUCUCUAGAUGGGAGGCGAGCGGCGGUAACGAGAGCACGGAGACGCACGUGAGUCACAACGUGACCAACUUUGAACUUCUCUACGAGCCGUUCUACGUGGCGCCCGAUACGGUACCGGCGCACGACGAGCGUUUCCUUGGCUACGGCUUCACUAGGAACACGCAGGUGAGGAUGAAAAUAUAA